UUAUUUUUACAUGCAUGGUUUUGUGUUGGUUGAUUGCAAAUAUUUAAUAAAAUAAAACUAUUUGUAAAGAUUGAACAAUGACGGCAGAUAGUGAACAAAGUGAUAACGCUAGCGCAGCGUCGGAAGAAGAAGAAGUAACAGAAGAACAGCAAGUUGAAGAUCAAAAUGAAGAAAAUGAAAUAGAAACGGUCACGUUCAAAGACUUGGGUGUAGUCGACGUACUAUGUGAAGCAUGUGCUGAACUAAAAUGGAAGAAUCCGUCGAAAAUACAAAAAGAAUCCAUCCCAGUUGCCUUGCAGGGCAAAGACAUAAUUGGGUUAGCAGAGACAGGAUCCGGCAAGACUGGCGCAUUCGCUCUUCCCAUCCUCCAGGCGCUGCUAGAGAACCCACAAAGAUAUUUUGCACUUAUAUUGACACCUACACGCGAGUUAGCAUUCCAGAUUUCAGAACAGUUUGAAGCACUAGGUGCUAGCAUAGGGGUGAAAUGUGCUGUGAUAGUUGGUGGCAUGGAUAUGGUUGCACAAGCUCUAAUGUUGUCAAAAAAACCACACAUCAUCAUCGCUACCCCUGGCAGACUUGUUGACCAUCUUGAAAAUACAAAAGGAUUCAAUUUAAAAGCUUUGAAGUAUCUCGUUAUGGAUGAAGCAGACCGCAUCCUAAACAUGGAUUUUGAAGUUGAAGUGGACAAGAUACUCCGCGUAAUCCCGCGCGAGCGUCGCACUUUCCUGUUUUCUGCAACAAUGACUAAAAAAGUACAGAAACUGCAGAGAGCCUCCCUGCAGGACCCUGUGAAAGUCGAAGUUUCUACUAAGUAUCAAACAGUCGAGAAACUACAGCAGUACUAUAUCUUUAUACCUGUCAAGUAUAAGGACGUGUACCUGGUGCACAUCCUCAACGAGAUGUCCGGCAAGUCCAUGAUAGUGUUCGUGUCGACGUGCGCGGGCGCGCUGCGGGCGGCGCUGCUGCUGCGCGCGCUGGGCGUGGCCGCGGUGCCGCUGCACGGACAGAUGUCGCAGCACAAGCGCCUCGCCGCGCUCAACAAGUUCAAGAGCAAAAACCGCUCUGUGCUCAUAUGUACUGAUGUAGCUUCUAGAGGUCUGGACAUCCCCCAUGUAGAUGUGGUGAUCAAUCUGGAUAUACCAUUGCACAGUAAAGACUAUAUCCAUCGCGUAGGACGUACAGCUAGAGCAGGUCGUUCCGGGAAAGCUAUCACUUUUGUUACCCAGUAUGAUGUGGAGCUGUACCAACGUAUUGAACAGCUCAUAGGCAAGCAGCUGCCAAUUUACAAGACAGACGAGAGUGAAGUUAUGGUACUCCAGGAACGUGUAGCAGAGGCUCAACGUCUCACUAAGAUUGAGAUGAAAGAGUUGGAGGAUAAGAAGGGCUCGAAGCGCGGCCGGCGCGGCGCCGACUCGGACGACGACACGGAGGAGGCGGCGGGCGUGCGGCGCCGCAUUAAGGGCCGGCCGGCCGGACGCGCCGGACGCGCCGGACACGGCGGCAAGCGGAGGAAACGAUAAAUACACGAUUACAUAUGUUA